AUGUCUCUGUUAGCAAUUCCCUCCAUCGGUGAUGAUUCUACUUCUCGGAGAAGGAAUGUGCAGAGUAGUGGUGCUGCUGCUCGUUGCAGGCUAGGGUUCCUCCUGAUUAUUUUAAUGAUUUUUGUAGGUGGAGGAUACUGUGGUGUGAUGAGUGAUAGUUAUAAUAGUAAUAAUAAUAAUGAUAGGCUUGAUAAUACAAUUAGUAGCAGAAUAACAACGCCACCGAUACAAUUUAGUAUGAAUUCGAGAAGGAAUUAUUUUGUAGAUAUUUCAUCAUUUGAUGAUAGAGUAAAUGAUUAUGUAAUUGAUUUGACUAGAACAUUGGAAACAAACAAAUCAAUUGAUGAUAAGCCAAAUGAUUCUAAUGUAAAUAAUGGAACUAUUGUGAUUGAUAUGUCGCAAGGCGGUGUAACUUUUACAAUUGUAACAAACUUGUCUAUUGGAUUAAUAUUCUUGAUUAUAUUCUUCCUUUUCAGACCUUUCUUACCACUUUUUAAUUUGAAAGAAAAGAAGAAAUUAUUGAAAAAUGUAAAGGAAAACAUCAGAUCUAGAAAUAAUUAUAUUAACUAUAAGGAUAAGGGUGGUGAUAUUUAUCCAACAGUUGACGAGGACUUUUUAGAAAAUUCCUCAAUCAUUAAUAGAGUCAGAUUAGAUUCAAAAUUUAUUAAUUUAUUGGAUUUGAAAGAUGAAGACUCAGAAAGUGAAGAUGAUGAUAUAGAUCAAGAAUCAAAUAUUACAAAUACUCAAAGCAGUCAAUCAACAUAUCAAAGAUCAGAAAAUAUAUUUUCUAGAUCUCCAACAAGGAAAAUAUCAAUGGCUAUUCCAUAUAUUCCUUAUCAACAAACUGUAGCAAAAUUAGGAACAUUCAAAGAAAAGUUUAUUGCCUUUGCCAAGGAAAAGUAUGAAUUCCUUGUCGAAUUUACAAACUUUGCAAUUGAUGUUUUGCUUUCUUUUGUUUCAAAGACACAUAAUCAUGAAGAUAUGGAAAGACUUUUAAACAGAUAUUCAAGAGAUGUUGCUGUUUAUUUGCUCUUUCAAAAAGAAUUCAUUUCCGCCAUGUUUUUAAUUGCUCUGUUGUGUUCUAUUGUUCUCCUUCCUCUUCACAUGACACAAAGCACAGAUAUUAAUGACAUGAAGUUUGACUUUAACGGAUAUACAGUUGCUCCUAGUGAUUAUCCUCUCUUGAGAACUACAAUUUCAAUGGUCUUAGAUAGUCCAUUCCUGCUCUUGGUCCACGUAUUUCUCUCAUUUGGUGUUUCAUUCAUAUUUGGCUUGUUCUUAUUUAAGUUUUCAAGACACGAUAUUGUCUCUAAAGAAAAUUAUGGAAAAGCCAAAACUGAAAAACAAGAAAGUAUUCUACUCAGUUCUAGAAGUGUUCUAGUUCAGAAUAUUCCAAGUGAUUUCAAGAGUGAACCUCAAUUUGAAAAAAUGGUGAAGGAAGAAUUGUGUCCAGGAUUGAAAGUACACAAAGCUGUUCUUAUCUAUGAUGUUUAUGAUAGAAUUCAAAUGCAAAAUGAUUACCAAUCCAUUUGUGAUCAACUUGAACAUUAUGAGUUUCUGCAAGAAAUUCAUCUCAAAGAAAAGCACGCUUUUUGGAGACGUGUUUACAGAGAUCACACAAGCAAAAUCGGUCAGUUGAAAGAAAGAAAACGAGAGUUAAGACUUGAUAUGCAACACUGGGAUAAAAUUUAUGCUAGUGUAAAGAAAGAUGAGUAUGGAGCUGAACAUGAUAUCAUUCCAUGUUUAAGAUAUGGAUUUAUUGUUUUUGAAGCAGCCAAAGAUGCAGAACAAUGUUUGGAUAUGUACUACAAGAGAGGUGACAUCAAAAUGCCAAUCAAAGUUUCCACAUUAAGUGAUAUUCAAAGUGAAGGAGAUGUUUUAUCUGUCUCAACUGUUAGAAAUAUUACAUUCCAAAUCAAGCAGGCAUAUGAACCUGAUGAUAUCAACUGGGAAAAUAUGUUAACAUAUACUGGCUUUUUCGAUUCAUUUAGAAAUAUUUUGAUGCAAUUCAUUGUCAUUUUAAUAUUUGUUUUCUUGACAACUCCUAUGGCUUUGUUCUCAUCUCUUGAAUCACUUACAAGAAUUCCAAUAGUUCACAUCUCAUUGUUUAGAAUUAAGGAAAGUGCUGGUGAAUUUGGUUCAAUUGUUUUCCAAUAUGCUCCAACUUUAGCCCUUCACUUGUUCUCUAUUUUCCUUCCGUAUGGUGUUUGGUAUGCUCAAGAUUUUUCCAAAUUCAGAUCCAAAUCCAGAUAUAUGAGAAAGAUUAUUGCUAGAUUGUUCAUGUAUCUCGUACUAUCAACAUUAAUUAUGCCAAUGUUAUCUCUUACCAGUUUCGAUGCCUUCAUUAACUUGAUUCAACAACAGGGCAAUAUUUCACAAAUGUUGAGUAAUAUGUUUUUACCAGGUGCUGGUUCUUACUUUUUUAACUUUGUUUUACAAACAGCAAUUCUCAAAAACUGUGAAGAUAUUUUAAGAAUUUACAACUUGAUCUAUUACUUGUGGGGAACUAAGAGUCUUCCAAAGACAAGUCCAUUGGAAAAGUUGAAAGCUUGUGAAUUAUCUCUUUUUUACUUUGAAUAUGAGUAUUCAUACAUGUUAACCAUUCUAGCCAUUUGUAUCACAAACUCUUUGUUUUCACCAUUGAUUCUAUUGUGUUGCUUAUUUUACAUGAUUUUCAAACAUCUUGUUGAUAGAUACGUUAUUAUGUAUAUCUAUGGACAUGUUUCAGAAGGAGCUUGUAAGGGAGUGCUAACUAGUAAUUUCAAAUCUCACAGAAAACUUGUUACUCUUAUUUGUUCCCUUGUAAUGUCAAUCAUGGCAAUUUAUCAUGGAAGUAUGACCUUAUUCUUUGGUAUUAGAAUCAAAGCUAAUGCAUGGUUUAUAAUGCACACUGUAUUUAGUGGAUUGGCAUUUAUGGGAAUUAUGGGUGUAUGGUUUAUGUACUUUACAAAGAAUACUACUGCCAAGACUUUCAUCAAACAAAGAAUUUUCAAACCAAUCAAGAACCUGUUCAUUUCAAAAACCAAUAGAGAUAGAAUUAUCUCAAGAGAAGAGGAAAAAGAGGCAGAAGAAUACCAAGAGUUUGGUAAAUCUGAGGCUAUUUAUUACGGAACUAGUAGCAACGUUAUGUCAUCAUUCAAAGUAGAAGGUCCAAAUUCUCAAGAAGUUAUUGAAAGAAUGAAUAGAGCUUAUGAACCACCAUUCAAAUAUUUCGUGAAUGAAAUCGAAGCAGACCAAAAUCAAGUAGGCACACAACUUAAUUAA